GGGCGCGACUUGCGCAGCCAUGUCCAUUGUGUAAUUUUAGAACUCUGUUUUUUGUUUUGUGCUUAUGUAUUUUCUAGCAUGAGCUGCUGGGCUAGCCAGCUCCUUAAAAUAUUGUAUUAAUAGCUUGCUAAAUCACAAAGUAAGGUGUAUUGUAGCUAGAUGACACUACGUAGCCAUCGAUAGCAUGCAACAAAAGCCUUAAACCUGUGCCAGAACCGUGAAAUCUGAUGUUCCAAAAUGCCUCAUAAACUCCUCAAGUUACUCCUGGGAAGUUACCAGUGGCUGGCCAGUUACUGGCCCGUCCUUAUGCCGAGGGGAAUCCGCCUGUACACAUUUGAACAGAUCCCAUUAUUCAUGAAAGAAAACCCAUACAUUACAGAUGGAUACAGAGCCCGUUUACAAUCCAAACUUUGUUUAAAAAGCAUCUUUGUGCUGUCCAAUGAAACAGUCAACAUAUGGACUCAUCUGUUGGGCUUCCUCCUGUUCUUCCUACUGGGGGUGAAUGACAUGUCUACAGUCCUGCCGGCUUCAGGUGCCAACAGAGAAGACUAUGUCAUCUACUGCAUAGCACUCUUCUGCUUUCAGGUGUGUAUGCUGUGUUCUGCAGGGUAUCACAUGUUCUCCUGCCACCUCUCAGAGAAGACGUGUCACCGCUGGUUGGCGCUGGACUUCGUUGGAAUCUCUGUGGGAAUCCUGGGCUGUUACAUUCCAGGGGUCUUCUAUGCCUUCUACUGCAUCACUUUCUGGAGACAGGUGUACCUGGUGACUGCUCUAGCGUUGAUAUUGGCCGUGUUCUUAGCUCAGAUCCACCCUCACUACCACUCUAAGGAGUGGCGACACCAGCGUACUGCCAUCUUCUGCUCCGUGGCUGGCUACGGGAUCAUCCCCGCCGGCCACUGGGUCUGGCUCAAUGAAGGCCUCGGCUCAGCUGUCGUCCAGUUGUUCCUCCCUCGUGUGAUUGUGAUGUAUUUGAUAGCUGGAGCUGCGUUCCUCUUUUACAUCUCUAAAAUCCCAGAACGCUGCUUCCCAGGUCAACUGAACUAUCUGGGUGCCAGCCACCAGGUGUGGCAUGUCCUUGUGGUGUUUUUGCUCUACUGGUGGCACCAGACUGCUGUAUAUAUCAUGAAAUUCAGGCACAGCCAGCCAUGCCCUCCUUUCUACACCCAGCCUGGUCUCAUAGACUAGACGUAACAUAGUAAAAGUAAAUCUGGGACACUCAAAUUAGUAUGAUAUGUUACGUUUGGUAUGGGUGGUUGUUCGAGGUGUAUGGGUGGGUGAAUGUCUAGCUAUCCAAAAGGUUGUGUGUUCAAAUCUCGUCACGGACAACUUUAGCAAAUUUUCAACUACUUGAACUUUUUAGCUACUUUGAAACUACUUAGCAUGUUAGCUAACCCUUCCCCUAACUCUUUUAGCCAGCCCUUCGCCUAACUUUAACCCUUUAACCUAACUCCGAACCUUAACCCGUAACCCUAAACUAGCUAACAUUAGCCAGCUAGCUAACGUUGGGUACAACUAAUUGGUAUUCGUAACAUAUCAUACGUAUUGCAAAUUCGUAACAUAUUGUACAUUUACAGAUUCAUAACAAAUUGUACAUUUAGCAAAUUCUUAACAUAUCAUCCAAAUUGUAAUUCAUAACUUAUCAUAUGAAAUGGAUGAUGACAUCCACAAAUUAAUACAUACAAUACGAAACGUAACAUAUCAUACUAAAUUAAGUGUCUCAGAAUUACAUACAGAAUAAUACAAAAUGCUGAGAGACCAGAUUGCUACACAAGCAGUGACUAGAGCCUCAAGCUGGCCCAGCCACCGACUGAGCAACAACCUGUACUGUAGCCACUCGAUGCAAUUAAACCAGACUACAGACCUCUAGAAUUCUAUCAUACAGAUGCCCAGUCAAGCAGACAAGAGAGUAGCCUCCCUACCAGAACAACUAUAACCAUACCGUUAGACCUUGCAGAUGUCUGUAGAAAGAGCGAACGAGUAAAAGAGUGGAAACAUCUCUCUGGUUUUAAGGAUUGCGAUUGGUGGUAUGCAAUCGUAUCUGCUUUCUGCUGAGACUUCUGUAAGGCCAGGUUAUAAGAAGGAAAGACAUGUCAGUCAUAGCCUGGUCGCAGGUCUGGGAAGCAAGAUGGCACAAACAGACCUGGGACCAGUCUUGGUGAAGUCACGAGGACACACAGUACAGCUUCAACUGAUAGCUGGAGCUGCGUUCCUCUUUCUGUUAUUCUCCGAUUAUCUUUUCGUAUUCAAGAUUGUUUUUUUUACCUGAUUUGUAUCUAUUAAUUUGCAUGUAAGCUACUGUUUGAAUGUUACAUGCUGUGAAAUGGUACUUCUUGAAAUGCUUUCUUGAGCACAUGGGACUUUACAAGGGUUAUGUGCAAUCUAGAAUAUAUAUCCUUUGGAAACUGAACAUAGAGCCUAUGUUCAGUUGUUUUUGCCUGCAUAGUUAUCUUACUGUAUUUCAUUAAUGGUGGGGUUGAGUAGUUAUCUUACUGUAUUUCAUUAAUGGUGGGGCUGAGCAGUUAUCUCACUGUAUUUCAUUAACGGUGGGGCUGAGUAGUUAUCUUACUGUAUUUCAUUAAUGGUGGGGUUGAGUAGUUAUCUUACUGUAUUUCAUUAAUGGUGGGGUUGAGUAGUUAUCUUACUGUAUUUCAUUAAUGGUGGGGUUGAGUAGUUAUCUUACUGUAUUUCAUUAAUGGUGGGUUACUUUUAGUAUAAGUGGUCAACUGACCUCCUUCCUCUCACAAUCCACUUGAAUCUAAGGGCUGAUUCAAGAACUGUUUAGAGAAAUGUAACCAACUAAACAUAAACCCAAUAAAAUAGAUUGGGAGUGAAUGACCCUUGCUUUAAUUAGUUUGUGAAUAGACUAUUUAUGAAUCCGUCCCUCUAUUCACUUACUAUAUAACCUAACGUAGCGACGUCAAAGGAACACCUGAGUAGAAUACCCCACAUUUUGGUCCUGAUGAUAUUUAUUUUUUUAAAUAACUUGUGGGAGGUUCUCUUCUGCACUAUUCAACCAAUCCAGUAAAUGUGAAGGAGGAGCGUCGCCUUUUUAAGCAUCCAAAAGCUGAAGUCGCGUCACAGGCUCUUCCAUUUCCACUGAAAACCGGUUGCACCCAGUGUUUGCAACCCUGCUGAUGGUGCUUACUAUAUAGUACAUGGGUCUGUGAACAACUGCAUAAGAACAAAUACUUUAGAGGCCAGUAUUAUCUAUUGUAUGACUAAUACUGUACGGUUUUACAAUCACAUUACUGACAGGUCUAUCUAUGCACAAUAUGGUGUCCUGUAGAUCACAGGUGGCUGGUGGCACCUUAAUUGGGGGGGGGGGGGGGGGGGGCGAGCUUAUAGUAAUUGGCUGGAAUUGAUUUGAUGGAAUGACAUAGAAGUGUUUUAAUACCAUUGUUAUGAGCUGUCCUCCCCUCACCAGCCUCCUGUAUUGUAGAUCUCCUACUGUGUAGCUAAUACCCAUAGAGGUCAUUCGACCGUGUCAGAUAAUGAUGCUCAGAACAUAUCACAGCCGUUAAAGGCCCACUGUGACAUUCAUAGCCUAUAUUGACUGUUCGUUAGCCUUGUUUGUAAAUGAGCUUUUGUUUCAAGUAUGCCUUUAAUUAUUUCACUGUAUUUUACCUGGUUGCUAUAAUGUCGGUCUUUGGUUGUCCAACAUUUGUUUUUCCAUUCAUUUAGGCAUUAUUGAUGGACUUACUUUUGAAUGCUGGAAUGCACUGACUAAAGGGACACAUUAUUUUAAUCUGUAAUAUGACAUGUCUCGAGUAUUAUAAAUGAAUAAAGAAUGCCUAAAAGGAUUGUCAUUGUUGAAGUCAAAUGUCAU